CGGCUCCUGCCGCCCCUCCGGGAGCCGCGCUCCCCGCCCGUCCUUCCCGCUUCUCCGCCCGAAAUUCCCGCUUCCCGGCUCAUCCCUCCCGCUUCCCGGCUGGUUCUCGCUGGCUCCGCUCAGCCACAGGGGUUCUGACUCUGCGAGGGGCUCGGGGAGCGGGAGAGAGGGAGGCCUGAGGCGGCAAGUGCCGGUCGUUUCCAUCGCCGAGGUAGCGCUGGACUUGUGCGAGGUUUCAGCGUUGUUCUUUGCUUUUACCCUUUCGAUUUUAAAUGCACCUACUGGCCACAAAUUUCUGUCUUCUCCGGCAGGAAGGAAAAAACCAAACCUCAUAAGUGUCUGAAUGUAUGUCAGCCUCCCCCCCUUGGUACUUAGACGAUCUCAAUGGGGUGUAGUGUUUAAAUUUCUUUAAUACUUUUGGGAUUUUCAUUAUAAUCAUUGGGAGCCUUUUCCCAUCUCAUUCUCCCCAUUCUGUUAGAAAACUGAAAUAAAGGAACAACUGAUUGCUUUGAUUGUACUUUGGAAGAUAACGCUGAGCAAUCAGCCAGGUCAGGUCACUCAUUGGACUUGGUUAAACUUCUGUGGCCUCUUUCUACUACUCUUGAAAUACAGGACCUAAAACUAUCCAACUUCUGCGGCUUGAGGCCAUCCUCAUCCUGAGUAAAACGAGAAGUGAAGUUGAGCUGACUGAUCCAGAGUAACUCCUUGAGGUGGCAGAGUGGAACCCAAGGUUCUCUGUGACCUCUCUGGCCCAGUGCUUCCAUGCCAGUGUGCUUUGAGGGGCUGCAUAUGGAUCAGAAAGAAGCCAGACCUGAACAUGGCAGUGGAUCGGAUUUUCUCUGGUAUCCAGCCAACUGGGACCCCUCAUCUGGGUAACUACCUUGGAGCCAUUCAGAACUGGGUGAAUCUGCAGGAAAAGUGCAGCUCAGUGCUCUAUAGCAUUAUGGACAUGCACUCUCUCACCAUGCCCAAGGAGCCAGCUGUCCUGCGCCAGAACAUCCUGGACACCACUGCUGCCAUCCUUGCCUGUGGGAUUGACCCAAAGAAGUGUUUCCUGUUUAGGCAGUCACUGGUUCCUGAGCAUGCAGAACUUGCCUGGAUUCUUGGGUGCAUAACUAAUGUGCCACGUCUGCUACGUUUGCCCCAGUGGAAGAUGAAGCGUGCCAGCCAGAAUAGCGAAGGAACUGUUGGUUUGUUGACUUACCCUGUGCUUCAAGCAGCAGAUAUUUUGCUGUACAAGUCAACACGUGUUCCUGUUGGAGAAGAUCAAGUCCUGCACCUGGAGCUAGCCCAAGAUAUAGCACAACAUUUCAACAAGAAAUAUGGAGAAUUCUUUCCUGUGCCCAAAGCCAUUUUAAGUACAACGAAGAAAAUAAAAUCCCUCAGAGAUCCAUCAGUGAAGAUGUCCAAGUCAGACCCACAGAAGUUGGCUACUAUUAACAUAGCAGACAGCCCUGAUGAAAUCGUGCUGAAAUUUCGCAAAGCUGUGACUGACUUUACCUCGGAGGUGACCUACGACCCCGCCGCUCGCCCCGGUGUCUCCAAUCUGGUGUCCAUUCACGCUGCAGUAACAGGGCUUAGCAUCAAAGAAGUGGUGCACCAAGCCACAGGUCUCGACACUGCUCACUACAAAAUGGUGGUAGCUGAGUCAGUUAUCCAAAAAUUUGCACCUAUCAGGAAUGAAAUCAAGAAACUCCAGGAAGACAAGUCCCAUCUGAUAAAGGUUUUAGAGGAUGGAGCAGAGAAAGCCAAAGAACUGGCUGUUCCUGUCUAUCAAGAAAUAAGGAGACUGGUGGGAUUUCAAUAGAAGCUGCUGAGUAGUUGCAAGGACUUUUGUAUCAUGGGACAGAGAUUUGUUAUUUGUAAUAAAAUCAUUUAUUAAUUAUUAAUCGUUUUGGUUUGAAACAAAAACUUUUUUUUCCUGGAAGAUCCAAAGAGUACAUUGAAUAUGAUUGCACUAAAAUGUGCAUGAAGCCAGGUAUUUCCAGUGGGACCAGCAUUAAGCUUAUCUGGAUAGUCAGAGGGAGGACAGAAGCAAUCACAAUUCACAAAGAAAUUGUGCAAAAGCAGAUUAUAAGGUUGCCUAUGUGGGUUUUUGGAUUUUUUCACUGCAAGAAGAUGAAGUGUAGGCAAGGUGAUCAGAAUCUAGCGGAAAGAUUUGUAAUCCUCUAAAGAAUGUACUUACCUGUGUAUGUGAUCUUGUUACACUUGGACAGUUUAUCCUAUUGGAGAUUAUUCAGCUUUGAUAUGGUGAUUCAACAUGCUUUUGGACAACCAGAAUAAAAGCAGAUAUUUAAAAAUAAAUGCUCAGGAUGAUGAAGAGAGAACUUACUGCUUCUCCCUAUAGUGUCUUCAAAUUCAUUGUGAAUUUUUUUUCUAUCUAUGUAGUUUAUGUGAAGUGAAUUCCACUUCUGCCAUUUGUGCCUUCCUGCUGGUCAGGGCUAAAGUACUUCACUGAGAAAUGACAUGUGCUUCAGCUGCUUCUGUUUCACCUGCUGUUCUGUUUAGCAGGGAGCUCCAGGAUUUUCAGUUCAGCAGCAAGUCUAGGAUUGCUUUAAGAAAGGUGUAGAAGAGAAGAUGUAAUCCUGAAUCAAAGGAAUCUUGAAUUGAGAAUCAGAGAACGUUUUGUAAAGUUUACAAAAUUGCUUCUUUAAAAAAUUGUGCCAAGGUCAGAGCCAGAAUAGUUAAAUAGAUCUUUAUGGACUCUUCACUACUGAGCCUUGAGAAAGUGUAGUGAUGGGAGAACAAUGUUAGCCUGCCCUGAUCUGAGGCCUCAGAAGUUCCACAGACUUGGACCCACGAAUUGUGGCACUUGUUGGGGAAUGUGUGGCAAAGGGAAAUUGCCAAAAGGAGACACCAUGUUCUGAAGAGGGGUAGUAGUACAUGUUAAAAGGUAAUGAAAGUCCUGUGCCAGCUUAUUUAACUAUGGCAUUGCACUUUAUGGUGCUGUGUUUGAAAUUGCUGUACUGUAAUGUAAAUUGAGUUAAUCCUGUACUCUGGGAGCUCAUAACCACUCUAUGCCUGUGGCAUUUGUCGUGAAGGAUUGCAGUCUUACAUGACUGAGUUAGUGAAACUCAGGUGGUUGUUUCUACAUAGUGCAGUUGGUUGAUUAGUUGUUCUGGGUUUUUUCUAAAAAGCAGUAUUUAGUUAAUUAUAAUGAGUUUAUUUAGAAAGAAAUAUUUAAUUUUCCAAAACAUAAAGUUGAGGACUGAGUGUAUCCAAAUCUGUGCUGAGACCUGUAUUUAUUUGUUAGGGAUCUCAAGAAGAGAACUGCCAUGCAAGAACUUGAUGAUGAGAGAUUUUCUAAAAUUAAUCAAGACUAGAGAAGCAGAGUGGAUGGAGACAGAGUGAUUUGAACCAAAAUCGGUAUAGACAAGCCUAAAGUAAUUACCUCUGGAAAUAAUAUUGAAAAAUUGUCCCUGGUUUCAACUAAACCGUAGUGGAUAAGGAAAGGGCGUGUUAUAACUGUACAUAUUUAUGUAGUUCUACAGAACUUUUGUCAGUGUUUAACAGCUGCAUUAGGGCACUAAGAUGAAAAAUUAAAGCACACAAUUACUGCUACUUCCUGACUUGACAUAAAAUGUUUACUGUGGCACUUUUUAACAUAGAUUGAUUUCAGCAAAGGUCCUGCAGUAUGUACCUUGAGAGAAGUUAACACUGUCCUCAUGAAGACUCUGAAAAUCUUUAAUACUAAUGUAUCUAGUGUCUACCUGUACCUCUUUUUCACUAGCAAAGACAGAAGCAUAUAUUCAAAAGACAAAUCAGUUUCAAGGUCUCUUUACACUUCUGAUACUCAAAUCAUCUAAUAGAUAGAGUUGCCAUUCAACACAUCUUCUCUGCAGUGGAAGGGAAAUAGGAGCAUUCAUGGGAGGGGUUGACAUGACCAGGUAAUUUUGGUUUGUUACUUAAACUAUUCUGAGCAAUCUUCCAAAACUGUUAGAUUCUUUUUCAGAAAAUCAUGUAAGUAAAGCAGGGAAAAAAACUCUUCAAAAGAGCCUUUUCUUUGGGGUAGGGGUUUAAGGCAUUACAUAUUUUGUUGUGUUUCAAUCAAAUUCACUAAUUUGCCUCUUUUUAAUUCAAUAAUACAUUGGGGUUCUUUCCUUCCCUUUCCCCAUGUCAAUCAAACAAGUCUUAUUCAUCUGAUCUAUUUCCUUCAUUUAAGGAAAUAUAUAUGGUUUUUUAUGUUCAGAAAAGUUAAACUUUAUAUAAAAUGAAUAUAUUAACCUACUGAUUCUCGAGUUAGCUUUUUAUUUUAGUUUCUCCUGUGGAGGAAUUUUCAAAAUAACAUGUUUGCUCAGUGAAAUAAUCCAGAUUCCAUUAGCAACCAUGAUCUUGAGAAUCCCUUGAGAGGAAACAAUAAAUGUAGAUGUUUGCAGGUAUCUGUUGCCUAUUUCAGUUUUCUUAGAGUAUGUUUUUUCUGUAAAAUUAACCAUCUUGGCAUUCAGGUGGAUUAGCUGAACUUGAAGCAAUGAAUUGAUUCCAAGCUGCUCCCUCCUCUUCUGCCUCCCUGUUUCUUCUUGGGAAUGUUUUAUAAGCACCCAUUCUACAUAGAACAGCUAGAACAAUUCAACAGUUAGAACAGCUGUUUAGAGAACAAUUGUUGGAGAAGACUUGAUGCUCUGUGUUUCAUAAUUAUUUGUUUGACACUAACUCUAGUGCUGGGGACUUAAUGUUUGUUUGCAACAAAGUAGAUGCACUCCCAAAACGCAUUUUCAUGUUUGUUUUUAUCCAUCACAUUCUCUAAGACUUCUCUGUGAUGACAGCUGAAGUGCAGUUGGUGGGAAGUCUCUGCAGAAGCACACUCCUCAUCCCAGCUGCAGUGUGGAAUGUACAUACCCUGUGGUAUAUUGGAAGUUACUGUAAAGUGUUCUUCCAGGACAGGGUGGGACAAAGCUCCAAAUAUAUCUUUCCUAAUUGAAGUAAAAAGAGCCAAAAGGUGGAGAGAUAUCCUUACCCCUUGCUGUGUUGCUCACUGAAGAAGAGGAAGCAGAAACAAUGAUCCUUUAUUUAGAAUGCGUUGGUAAUUUGCGCCUUAGGCUCAAAAUCUUCUCUUUUGCCGUUCCUGUAUGUUAGUGCACCUGGCCUACUGCAGAUCCAAAUCACUACAUAUGUAUCAGACAUAGCAUCUCCUGGUAAAACCCACUCACCUCUAGAGAUAAACCAUCAACUCCACAGUGAAUUACUUGCAAAUAUAUAACAAAAACAUUUUCACACUUGAGAGAUUUAUUUUUCCAGCUAGUUGUUCCCAAGAAGUCAUGAUAUCACAUAGUGAGUCUCAGCUCUGUGCUUUCAAUUUAGAGCACAGAGUUUACUGAGAAUUUUAGAUUCAGAUUCAGAAUCUAGAUUUAGAUUCAAUGUUUUCUUUAGCAAAGAUUACAAAUGAUGGUUGGCUCCAUAAAUUAACUCUGGGACUGCUCCAGAAUGCAUCCCUGCCUCAGAUAGCUGGAGUGAAUGGAUAUUGUACAUUAUACCGGAACUUAAUUGUAACUCUUUAAAGAUGUGGUUGAAGUAUACUUAGUUUUCAAACACCAUGACCUGGCUUCUCAGAUUCCCCAGAAGGCUUUCUGCAUAUUUCUGAUUCAAUGUGUGUUUAUCUACAAUCAAUUCAAGCAAAGUUCCUUUGCAGGAUUAUGGCUGCAUCCAUUAAAGGCUGAGGAAUUCAUAAAAGUGAGCUGAAAGUCUAAGGAAGGAGAGUGAAAUGGGAUCCUUGGGGACUGACCUGCAUCUAAAUGUUUUGGGAACCAUAGGUUAUCAAAGCAAAUGUUUUCUCAUCUUUGGUUAGGGCCAUCAUGAUCCUGACAACAGUGUAGUAGUAAAUACUGGUGAUGAAAGUGUGUUCUUUCAGUGCUCCAGCUUGGUUAGAUUUAUGUUCAGUACAACAGAUGGCUCUUUCACCAUUUUGGUCUGUGCAUUUAAGCUCUUGGAUGCUGCCUACCUGGUUUUUUUUGUGGCUGAUGGUCUGCUGCACAGAGAGAAAUAGACUAGCAAGCUGGUGUAGGAAGUCUAGUGGAAAAAGGGUUUUGUUCAGGAAAUAUAUUACCUGUUCUUGACAGGAAAACAAAACCCCUCUUUUUGCUGUGUUGGGCAGUCUAAUUACCUUUAAAUUAUUUGAUCUGUUCAUUCUUUCUAGGUAAAUUUGACAGUAGCUGCAAGAAGAAUGUCUAUGUAUUGUGAAGUGAAAAGCCUUGGAAGGACCCAGACAUCUCGAAUCUUUUCUAAAGUCUCUUACAUAGUGGGACUUUACUGUUAGCAUCAGCCAGUUUUGGGAAAAAUGCUGCAGCAAAACUGUAAUCAUAUGUGACAUUAAUUUAUCUGCUUAAAGCUUUUGUGUUUUGGUUUGGGUUUUUUAGCUCACUAGGCUGUGAAAGAAGACUUGUUAAAUAUUGAAUUCCCAGCUAAGCUUUUUAUUGUAUAGUCCUGUCCAGAUGAUAGCUGAAAUAAUGGAAAAUUCUCUUCAUUAUCAAAAGAUUCUGCUCUGAUUCUCACUGUCUUUUCUGUUAGUCUGCUGGUUGUGCUAAUAGUCAUAUUGUGGAAGUAUUUAUUUUACCUGCAACAGUCCCAUAUUAUUAUGGAAAUGGAAGAUUCAGUGAUCACUUGUAGGCAGGAGCCUUGUUGUCACAAUUAUUUUGUAUAAAACCAAAUGCCAAUUUCCUGCACAGGUAAACAGUUUAACACCUGGGAAGAUGUUCUGCCACUGUUGUAAAUUGCUGUCACAGAACACCGUGACUGAAGAUGAGAUUAUCCACUACAGGAGUGGUCUCGUGCUGCCUGUGGACAUAAAGUUAAGCACUGAGCUUAACUCUGUUGUGCUGUCAUGCUCUCAGCAUUCCAACAUGGCUGUGAGACAGGAACAGAGCAAAUCUGUGCCACACCAGAAGGCUAGAUCAGUUCCAGAUGUGCUACAUUUGCUGUAUCUGCAAGAUGAAAUGUCAAGACAAGAGUUGCAGAACAAAAAUCCUUAAAAGUUAUUAAAUGUUUGGAAGUACAGCAAGCUUGUAAAGCUUGGCUUAUAGGGCCUGUGAUAGCGUGGUCUUAGCCUCACUCAUAUACAGCUGACAGGAGCAGUCACACAGCUGAGUGUGAUGGUGGCAUAAGGUAAGCCAUCUGCUUCUCAGUGCAAUAAUCUAAAGACAGAAUGAGUCUAAUUUGAGGGGUUACUGGAUUAACCAUCACAGGUGGGAAAUAACAGUUUAUGGCAGAGCAAGGUAGUACCACAUCUCUCUUGUGUCCUAAACCAUUCUGAAAACAGGUGCUCACAGUUUUCAUGAGGUGGGGACAUGCUGCAUGAACAGCAUCACUUGUCCCACUUGCUGUUGUAUCUGUGCCUCUGCAGUUCCUCUAAUUUCAGUUUGGCGUGACUUUAUUGUAAUCAAUGUGAAUUGAUAGUCACAUGCUGAUAAAAUUCAUGGAACUUUAGUUUGAAACACUGGAUGUAUGCUCUCUACUAUCUUUGGUGGAAAGUUCUUUCCUGAUGCCCCAGGAUUUAUAGAAAGAAAUCAUUAAGCCAAAUAAGAAGGAACUUAUCAAAACAAGGCUAUUCUCUGGCAUUUUCUGGUGUAGCUGAUUUCUGGCUUCAUUCACCUUGUUUACCUUUGUGCUUCCUCCCCUGAGCCACAUCCCUCUCUGAGUAAAGUAAAACCUGCAUGUUGAAUGUUGUGAUACUGACUUUUUAUUGUGACUGGGAACAGUUGAUCAAAUAUAUUUGAAGAGUCUC